AUGACUUAUGUGGUGAAAAUGCUACAUGCAACUAUGAUGACUAGACCUGAAAAGUUGUCUCAACUUGGGAGCGAGAUCAAUGCAAGAAUCAUGACUUAUGUGGUGAAAAUGCUACAUGCAACUAGGAUGAACCUCGGCUACAACAACACCACCGUUACGGUAUCCAACUACGGCGACCACUGGCGCAACCUCCGCCGCAUCAUGGCGCUCGAGGUUCUCUCAACGCACCGUUUAAACUCCUUCUUGGAAAUCCGAAGGGACGAGAUCAUGAGGCUCGUGCGAAAGCUAGCUCACGACUCACACAACGGCUUUACCAAAGUGGAACUUAAGUCAAGGUUUUCGGAAAUGACGUUUAACACUAUAAUGAGGAUGAUAUCGGGGAAGAGAUACUAUGGUAAAGAUUGUGAUGUGAGUGACUUGGAAGAAGCAAGGCAAUUUAGAGAGAUUAUUAAAGAGUUGGUGACGUUAGGAGGGGCGAAUAACCCUAGCGAUUUUUUGCCUUUGCUUAUGUGGUUUGAUUACGAUAGUUUGAAGAAGAGGCUAAAGAGGAUUAGUAAGAGAACCGAUGCGUUCUUACAAGGACUCAUUGAUGAGCGUCGUAAUGGGAAGCACAGUGCUAAUACUAUGAUAGACCAUCUCCUAACUCAACAACGAUCACAACCUGAAUACUACACGGAUCAAAUCAUCAAAGGACUUGCUCUGGUUAUGCUACUUGCAGGAACAGACACAUCAUCAAUAACAUUAGAAUGGGCCAUGUCUAAUCUAUUAAACCAUCCAGAAAUAUUGAAGAAGGCAAAAAAUGAAUUAGACACUCAUAUUAGACAAAAUUGCUUAGUUGAUGAACCUGACCUUUCGAAACUCUCCUACCUUCAGAGCAUUGUUUAUGAGACACUUCGUUUACAUCCUGCUGCGCCAAUGUUGGUACCCCAUUUGUCUUCAGAAUAUUGCACCAUAGGAGAAUAUAAUGUCCCUCAAAACACAAUUUUGUUAGUUAAUGCUUGGGCUAUUCACAGAGAUCCCAAGUUGUGGAGUGAUCCAACACAUUUUAAGCCCGAGAGGUUUGAGAAGGAAAGUGAAGCAAGCAAGUUACUUUCAUUUGGAUUAGGGAGGAGGGCUUGUCCUGGUGCAAACUUGGCCCAACGUACAGUCAGCUUAACUCUGGCCUUGUUAAUUCAAUGUUUUGAGUGGAAACGAACUAGCAAGGAAGAAAUUGAUAUGACCGAAGGAAAAGGGAUCACUAUGCCAAAAAAGUUUCCCUUAGAAGCUAUGUGCCAAGUGUGUCAAUCACCAACAAUUAAUGGUAUUUUCUAAUUUCUAGUGCUAUUAAAAACACACACCAUGUUCUACCAAAAGUCAUUAGCUCAAGUGGUUCAACAUUUGUAUUCUAUAAUCAAUGACUGAUGUUCGAUUUUCAAUUUGAAUAGAGUUGAGACUAGAGAUAUCACUUGAAUCUUAUAGGAUCCAACUCGAUGGGCCUUUUGGCUUGAAUAAAUAAAAAAUUUAACAUUUC